GCACCUUCCUCACUGCACUUAUGUGGUGGAAACACAGCCUGAAAAAACUAAGCAACUAAAAUCUCGCUGCAGAGGAGAUGGCGAUGAAGCUGAGCUCCAUUCACUUUCCAUCUCCAAAAUGCCCCUCCUUCGCUCUCCCCCCCGCCGCCAGCUGCCGCUCGCCUCGAUUCCUCAUGGCUUCAACUCUUCGUUCCGGCUCAAAGGAAGCUGAGACUGUGAAGAAGCCUUUUAGUCCACCCCGUGAGGUUCAUGUUCAAGUCACACACUCGUUGCCCCCUCAAAAAGUCGAGAUCUUCAAAUCUUUGGAAGGCUGGGCUGAGGAGAAUUUACUGGUUCACCUAAAACCUGUCGAGAAGUGUUGGCAGCCGCAGGAUUUCUUGCCAGAUCCCACCUCUGAUGGAUUUCAUGACCAGGUCAAGGAAUUGAGAGAGAGAGCUAAGGAGAUUCCCGAUGAUUAUUUUGUCGUUCUGGUUGGAGACAUGAUCACUGAGGAAGCGCUUCCGACAUACCAGACAAUGCUCAACACCUUGGAUGGUGUGAGGGAUGAAACGGGGGCGAGCUCAACUCCUUGGGCAGUCUGGACGAGGGCGUGGACUGCUGAGGAGAAUAGGCAUGGAGACCUUCUGAAUAAGUAUCUUUAUCUCUCCGGGAGAGUAGACAUGAAGCAAAUCGAGAAGACUAUCCAGUAUCUGAUCGGGUCCGGAAUGGACCCAAGGACCGAAAACAACCCGUACCUCGGAUUCAUCUACACGUCCUUCCAAGAAAGGGCAACGUUCGUUUCCCACGGAAACACGGCCCGACAUGCCAGGGAUCACGGGGACAUCAAGUUAGCUCAGAUAUGUGGCACUAUUGCCGCGGAUGAGAAACGACACGAAACUGCAUACACCAAGAUAGUCGAGAAGUUGUUUGAGAUCGACCCUGAUGGCACCGUGCUAGCAUUCGCCGACAUGAUGAAGAAGAAAAUCUCCAUGCCCGCUCACUUGAUGUUUGACGGCCGCGAUGAUAAACUCUUCGACCACUUCUCGUCCGUCGCCCAACGUCUCGGCGUCUACACAGCGAGAGACUAUGCCGACAUCCUAGAACACUUGGUUGCCCGAUGGAAAGUUGAAAAUAUAACAGGGCUAUCCGCGGAUGGCCAGAAAGCUCAAGACUACGUCUGUGGAUUGCCUCCGAGAAUCAGGCGGCUGGAGGAGAGAGCUCAAGGGAGGGCCAAGCAGGCCGGGAAGCUCCCGUUCAGCUGGAUAUACGACAGAGAAGUGCAACUUUGAACGCGACUUUCUUAAAACGAGCUCCUCAACGCACGAUCCUCAGCUGGGUACGAGUGCAUCCGUCUGUUUAAGUCACGCUUCGUUUGUGGUUUUCGUGUUGUCGAGAGGAUUGUGCAGACAGUAGAUAGCAGUUUGUUGCUUGUUGUGUUGCUAAAUCUUGAAAAAGGAGCAGCUUUAGUAAUGUUUGUGGUGUGGCUUUUUCAUCAGUGUAAACUGCUGUUUCAUGACAA